AGCCGUAAUUCUACGGGGAAAGGUGAAUUCAUAAAAAGUGCUCUGCUCCCUCUUUCAGCUACUGUUUGAGGCGUCACUAUGGAGACAUUUCACCUGAGGAAGACUCAGUCGCUGAAGAGUCUUUCUUCGACUAAGGAGGGGUCAGGGGUCAUGCCAAACCUCACCUCCUGGAGCAGGAAGUCUGUGUCUCAGCUGGUGCAACAGUAUCAAAGCUGUGCUGACCUGAGAUGCAUUGACAAAGUGGAGCAUAAAAUCCAGCAGGCGUCAGACAACUGUGUGGAGGGUCGGUGGGGGAGGCGCGAGAGCAGUGAGAGUGUGAGCCUCUGGGGAUCGAGAAGAAGCUCCUAUCUGGCCAGGAGUCGCUCCAUGGACGUCCUCCCUCAGAGAGAGUCUGCGGGCACCAGAGCUCUGUGCGCUCUGUUUGAGUCCAAGGCCAAUCUCGUGCAGCAGAGUGUCCACCACAGCAGCUCCAACCUGGAGUUAAUAAGAGGAGACUGCCCCCUGCAGGACCUGAGAAGUCAUAACACUCCAUUAAAGAAUACUACUAUUCAGGGAACAACCCAGGUGGAGAGAGCAAAGUCCAUGAACCGGCUCCAAGAGUCUAACGACAAAACAUCCAGAUACUCACACGGUGAUAAAACCAGUCUAUCAGUGACUAAGGGGGGCUCCCCAACAAGACAAACCAGAGACAAAAUAUCUACUUCCUCCUCCGUGAGAGAGAGAUCCGCUCUCUAUCUGUCACGAGCAACAGCUAUCGACUCCACAGGAGGCUCAACACAGCCAGAGUUCAUCAGUGUUCCAGCAAAAAGAUCUAAAAACACAAAGAUGGCUGACGCAGCCAGGAAAGUCACAGUUACACAAUCUUCUCUUGAGGAAGAUGACCUGCCUCUCCCUCCACCUCCUCCUGUGCCACCUAGACCCCUGGAUUAUGAGGGGCCUCCAGCAUUAGGUAGCCUCCCCGUGCUCCCACCAAAGGAAACCUUCUCCACGUUCUACCACGAACGGCAGAAGAGUGAACUGAAGAGGCUCUUCAAACAUAUCCAUCCAGACCUGCGGGCAAAUCUCGAUGAUGCUGUGGAUGAUGAGAUAAUGAAUGCCGUGCAGCCAGACAACACAAGCGCAGCAGAUGCAGCUUAUCAGGGUGAGGUCCAGUCCAUGAGGUGGAUUUUUGAAAACUGGAAUCUGGACAAUAUUGGAGAUCCUCAUGCAACCAAGAAGAUGCUGGAUGAUGAGGAGUUAAAAGGUGGAGAUGUCAGAAGCACGUCUUCCAGGUUUGAGCAUAUUACCAGCGUCCAACAAGGGCCCGCUCUGAGACAGACUUCUGUCUGUGGUGACGUGAGAACAUCAACAUGGCUGUUUGAGACCCAGCCCAUGGAUUCUCUAAAUAAAUCCAUAAGAGAAGAAGGGGAGCUGGUUGAGGCAGUACUGAAAGAACCCAUCCAGCCGGGAGAUGUGUCAGGGACUCGGCUGCUUUUUGAAUCCAAAUCACUGAGUGACUUGGGACGCUGCAACUCCAUAGAAGAUCAUAGCUUCCUGAAACUUAAAUCUGAGCUCCAGGAACAAAAAGGAGACACCCAGAAGACUCUGAAACUCUUCCAGGCAGAACCUUGCUGUGCUAUCAGAGACAACAGCGGCAAUAUGCAUGAAAUCAAAUCCAUCUGCCGGGAAGAGAUCAACAGCAGCAACAUCAGCACUGCCCGUUGGCUUUUUGAAACACAGCCCUUGGAUGUGAUUAAUAAGGGAUCUGAUGGAGUGAAAGUCAUUCGGGGCAUAUCACUGGAAGAGGGGCAACGAGGAGGAGUUGACCAAAAGAAGUGGAUGUUUGAGACUCAGCCAUUUGACACGAUACAAGAGGGUGUUGGAGUGGACAAGUUUGAAGGAACGGUGGCUGAAUGCACGGGAGAGGCGGAUGUUGUAAACAAGAGGAAGUUUUUUGAGAUGCAGCCACUGGCAGCAGUGAAAGGAGAGCCUUCAGAGAUGGGAGACAUCAUUGGGGGAGAUGUCAAGACUUCCCUGUGGCUGUUUGAAACUCAACCCAUAGAGACACUAAAUGAUACUUAUGAAGUCGGACGUCUGAAGAAAAUUACCCUUUCUGCUGAUGAACAAGGAGAAGUAAAAGGCAGAAAGCAAAUGUUUGAGAGCUGUAGUAUUAACGAAAAAGCCCAAUUCAAAAACCAAGAGAUUGAAAAGGGUGACGUAAAGGGAUUCAAACAUCUCUUUGAAACGAUUCCUUUGAGCAAAAUCGUUAAUUCUGAUGAGGAGAUCAUUGAGAAGGAAAAUGCCACUGCAGCAGACAAAGCAAUGUUUGGGGCAACUCAUCUAUAUGCAAUAAAGGACAGCUCUGGAAACCUCCAUAAGGUCACAACAGUCAGCCGGGAAGAAAUCAUCAAAGGGAAGGUAAAGAACUACAAGUGGAUGUUUGAGACCAAGCCUUUGGAUGGACUUGCAGAGGAGAAAGAAAAUGUUGAGGUAAUCAAAGGCAUCACCAGACAGGAGGAUAUAAAGGGUGACGUCAAAAUGGCAGCAUGGCUUUUUGAAACACAGACCAUAGAGGGGAUUCAUUCCAAGUUCAACGUGACAGAGCAAACUGCCUCUGCGGAAGAGGAGUCUCAUAAAGGUGAUGUGAAGGCUUGUAAAUGGUUAUUUGAAACACAACCAAUGGAUGUUUUGUAUGACAAAUCAGAAAAAGUGAAAGAUAAAGAAACAACUGACAUGGCCAAUGUCAAGUCCAUGACUUGGCUUUUUGAAUCGCAGCCUUUUGAUAGCAUCCGAGAUGGAGAGGAGUGCAAUUUGAAGCUCUGCAGCACCACGCAAGAUUCUGUGAAACCAGAGGUUGGUGUUCAAACAGUCAAACAUCUCUUUGAAACAGAAACCCUGGAUAAAAUAAGAAAAGAUACUAAUUCAGAACAAGACAUGAGAUACGUUAGCCAGGUGGACUUUCAGUCAGGAGAUGUCUCACGAGUCAAAGAACUCUUUGAAUCCCAGUCACUUGAUGAAAUAGGAACCGAAAUGGCGACAUCAUCGGAUGGCCAUAUCCAGAGUGAACAAACUGAAAAAGGUUCAGUACAUAAAUAUACUUGGAUGUUUGAGAACUGUCCCAUGAACCUGAUCAAUAAGGACACAGAUGACGCAAGCACUCAAAGAGUGAGUGGUGCUGAAAGUGGUGAUGUCCCGAACAAACAGUUUGUAUUUGAAACCUCUUCACUGGACAAAAUCCACAAUGAACCUCUUGAGCUGAACCUUGUCCCUGCAGAACAGACUGUGAGCAAUGUAGACGUGAAAUCCAGCACCAUGAUGUUCGAGUCACUGCCACUAUACGCCAUCAGAGACAAAGAGGGGCAGUUUCAUGAGGUUACAACUGUGAAAAAAGAGGAAGUAAUGAGUGGUGACGUAAGAGGAGCAAGGUGGAUGUUUGAAACCAAACCACUUGAUGCCAUCAAGGCCGAGAAUGAAGUUUAUGUGAUCCGAGCUGUCACACAAGAAGAUGUCAAAAAAGGAGAUGUCCAGUCGGCCAGAUGGAAGUUUGAGACGCAACCUUUGGACUCCCUCACCAGCCACGAUGAGUCCUCUGUCAGAGUCAUUGAAGACUUUGGAAGCAAUACUGUGCAGCUCAAUAAACAGAUAUUUGAAUCCGAACAAUCAUGCAAGAACUUUGUGCGAAUGGUUAGUGUCACUGAUGUCCAGCGCGGUGAUGUCAGGACCUCCACCUGGCUCUUUGAGAAUCAAUCAAUUGACAGUCUGAAAGGGGAACCCCAGGAAGAAGGUCAAGUAAAAACAGUCCACAGGGAAGACAGCCAGAAAGGAGAUGUGAAACGCUGCACUUGGCUGUUUGAAUCUCAGCCUCUGGACAAGAUCAAGGAGCCUGAGGAUACCUCAAAGCAAGAUGUAGAGGAGGAGCUACCAAGGUCUGACGUGAAGUGCACUACCUGGCUCUUUGAGACCACUCCAUUAGACAAAAUCACUGUCAACAGUGUUGCUGACAGCCUAUCGUAUCUAUACCAAAUGUCUUUUGUUCACUCCAGUGGCAUCAUAAUAGAAGCAAACGAGAGUAGGAAUGUGAACAUGGUUAAAUACUUGGUUGAAAGCAAUGAAGGUGUGCAAAUCCAGAAGGAAGAGGUUAUUGGGGGAAACAUAAGAAACAUCAUGUUGAAACUCUUACUCAAACCAACCCUAAAACCCCAUGUGACUCUCCUCAGAGAGGUGGAGAAGGGAAAUGUGGAAACCACUGUGGUAGAAAUUCCAGUCUACCAGUCAGUCACAAGUAUGGACCUCGAGAGGGAUGAACAAAUACAAAAGAUUGUCCAGAUGAUCAAGGAAUUAUUUGUGGAAGACAAGGCUUUGAAAAAAGGAAUCAUAAUGCAAGAGACUCCAGAAGGACAAGCGGAGAUGUCCGUCUAUUCACUCAUUUGCAAUUAUGAAACCAAAACUGAGAGUCAAGUCAUAGAGAGAGGAGAUGUAAAGUCUGCAAUUGGAAACCUGUUAGCUACUGCCAAUAGUCAGAGGACUGCAGCGUCUUGUCGAGUGGAUGAAAAUGAAAAGGGAAAUGUGAACUUGUAUAAGAGCUGCAUUGAGAAAGGAGAACUGCACUACCUGAAAAGUCUUCACACUGAGUUGUCAGAAGACGAAGUGGAUCACAGCCUUGCUUCUAAAGAACAGAUUGAAAUCGUUCAAGGCAAUGUGAAAGAGGCAAAGAGAAGUCUCUGCCACCACAAAGAACAGGUGGAGCGAACCAUUUCUGAUGUGCUGCCAGGGGAUGUACAGAGUACAAAAAAGGUUUUUUCAGCAGAGUGCCCUUCUAGUGUGGAAAACUGUGUUUCAAAGGAAGAAAUAAUUGCUGGGGAUGUCCUAUCAGCGAAGCAACAACUUACAGUAAAGCAACAUGUCAUAGUAGAAAAAGAAGAAAUUGUUGCUGGGGAUAUUAAGGCAACAAUGCAGUCAUUAGAACGUGCAAAGCAGCAGAGCAUGUGUGUAGAGCGGGAAAUCAUUAAACCUGGAACUAUCUAUGACAUCGAUUUGUCAGUCCAAGGCACCGAAGAAGAAGGAAGUACAGUACAAAAAGAGGUCAUCAUAUCUGGAGAUGUGAAAGCAGCCAAAAGAUCCCUUGAAAUGGCUAAGCAGCAAAGCAUGCAUGUGGAGCGUGACGUCAUCGUUCCUGGAAACAUAUACAACCUAAAUGUCUCAGCGGAGGAAAGCUCAUCAGCAGCAAGGAUGCAAUCUACGUGUUCGUCUGCCUCCAGAGGCCAGCAAAUCAGGACUUGCCCAAAGGUCAGUGACGCAAUAAAAGAUCAAGAAAACCAUGCUUCCUUUGAGGCUUGUCAUCAAAGAGCAGUUGUAGUCAGUAAUUGUGCAUCAGAAUCCCUGCCACCUUUUGUAAACUAUGACUGUAAUGGCCACACAUCAGAAGAUGAGAGAGAAGUAAUCAGAGGAGAUGUAAAGGCAGCUAUUAGGUCUCUGCAGACUGCAGUACAAGAGCAAAGGCUCCUAGAUAAAGAGGAUAUUGUGAGAGGUAACGUUCAACUGGCUCUGCAGUCUCUCGAGAAAUCUAGUGUAAAUGUGUCCAAAGGAGACUAUAAGGCUGCCAUGAUAUACAAGAACUCAGGGAGGGCUUGUUCAGAGAGGAGCACGACUGUGCACAAGCAGUGUGUUGUGGUGCCUCUGCCUCCAUCUGACACAAAAUUGUCUCCUUCAAUUUCAGUAACCUAUGAAGAACAACCAUCCAAUACAACAAAGAAUUCAACCCCCGACUCUGUUGCAAAUGGAAGCCCAAGGUCUGAACGUGUAACUCCACCUCCACCACUCCCUCAAAAGACUAGUGAAAAAGCACAGGAGCAGAAACCAGCGUUACCACCAAAGCCACAAUGGGCAAAGUCAGUAAUUGUGGAGAGACCAGUUCCCCCUGCCACCAAAGUCAACAAUGGAAAAAGUGCAACGUUUCCUCCAAAACCAAGCAAACCAUUCCCCGUUACAGAAAAAGUACAAGAAAACAAAAUCAAUGAGCAAUCCUUACGUGAAACACACCAGCAAAGCUGUGUUCAUGAAAAAGUACAAGAUUCAAGCCAAACAAAUGAAAAUCUACCCAUGAAGUCAAAGACUCAAGAAAUGAAGACGUUAGAGAAUACAACGUUACUUAAUGAGGAAACAUCAGGCUGCCAGGUAAUGCCCGACACUGUGGAAAUGGAGAGAAAUGUAAUUAAAAGAAUUAAUGCAGCUGAGGAGAUUCAAAUGUGCAUGAAGAGUUAUGCAGAAGAUGGCACACAUGAAAUGAGCAUGAGCUUACAGGCAGCACUACAGAACUUUCAAAAAAAGGAAACUGAGAAUCAAGAUAGAAGAGUGCCCAAGACGGUAAAAGUAAUAAAUGAUAGUGACAAUAACUAUGACAACAAAAUCCCUUCCCACAAACACAAAUCAAAUCUCAAACACAGCAAAACUGAAGAAUCACCAGUGUUGACCAGCUGCCAGGUGGAUACAUGCCAUGUGCAGCAAGAUGACCCCGAUGAAAAGCAUCAAAAGGUUGAAGAUAAAGUUGUUAUGAGAGAGAAGAAAGUACGCGAGACAGAGGAUCAGCGGCGGCAGAGGCUUUCUGUUCACAAGGAGGAGAUCAUGAAAGGAAACGUGAAGGCAGCCAUGGAAAUAUUUGAAAAUAUAAGAAAACGAGAGGAACUCAAAGGAAUCCUGUCUCAGGUGGAAGAGAUAGAGGAGGAAACCAGCAGCGUUGACACGAAAUCCCUGAAGACCCUAUAUGACAAUGUUCCUGAAUGGAUUGAUACACCAAGUACAAAUGUUAAGCAACGUAAAACCCAGGAAAAGAAAGCUGAAGUAGAGGCACAGGACGAUGAUUUAGAAAGCAUCUCCUCAGUUGACACUGCAUAUGAAGAUCUGGAAAAGGCGAGUAAGGAAAUAAUCAACCUGAAGCAAGAGACGUUGGCAAAACUUCUUGACAUUGAAGAGGCAAUUAAAAAGGCUUUGUACUCCGUUUCCAAUCUCAAGUCUGAGGCUGACAUCGCAGGCCUGUCAGGACUAUUUGAUGAAUCUUUAAAAUCGGAGCAAAAUCUACAGCCUGUCAACAACAUCAGGAAAAUAAGCAUUGGGUCAAGCAAGGCCAAAUCAAGUCCAGCCAAAGAGACAACUAAUGUGAAUCAGCAAACUGUUGCAGAUCCAAGUCCCUCCAAGCCAGAAGUCCCCAGACCAUCGCACAAUAAGCCACUUGUCAGACAAUCGUCUUCGCAGUCCUCUCCAUCAUUCAUCUCUAUUCACUCCGCUGCCAGAAAGUCUACCGAACAACCAAAGUCGCCCCUUUCAACAUUUAAACCAAAAACAAAUGGUAGUUCCCAAAGCGGGACGCAUAGCGCGAGACAGGAAUCAGCUGCAAAUACGCCGCGCAAAGUCAGUGUGCUCGAGGUGAAAACUGUUCCAGAGCAGCCUACAGGAAUCUUCGGCACAAAGACUGUCAGUGAAACAUACGAAGAGACGGACGGCUUUGGCAACGUAUAUGUUUCCUCCACGACUUCAACAGUUGUCACCAAACAAAAUGAUGCGAAAUCGUCUGCUCUGUUUGAAGUAGUUGGGAGUCCCACCAGAUAUGAGGUCAUGACAUCGCCGUUAAUGCAAAGAUCUGGUCGCAGCUUUGGAGACGUAUUGAGCAAAGCCAAGAACGAUGGGACAGUGUUUGUAACAUUUAGCCAACCAAAAGAAAAGCACUAAAUGUGCCUUUAAUUAGACAAGUGUAUUUCCUAGUCCUUUCAUUUUAGGAACACAGUUAUUCUGCUUGUUUGUAUAUGACUUUAUGAUAAUAAGAUGUUUUGUUAGUCAUUAUACCAAUGAUCUAAAAUAAAAGAAAUGCUGAGUUUUUAUUGACAUGAAGUGUCUUAUAGAUUUUAUACUGUGCACAUUGAAGAAAAUAAAGAUAUAAAUAUGUUGUA